CCUAACUGUAUGUCAAAGGAGUAUUCAAAAGCCUCUACCAAAAUUUAUCGAGUUAUCCUCUUCUUCUUCCCCUACUCGAUACCUAAAGGCCCAUAUAAAACAUGUCUGAAGCAAUUCCAAUGUUUGAGACAAGGCAUCAAGGCAGUACAUGAGCUCUUAUGACUUGAGAACACAGAGCAAAGCAUAGCUAGUGCAAACGAAUCGCCAUGAAGAGCCCUCCUUCCCUUCUCCUUCUCCCUCUCCUCCUACUGGCAAUUGCUGCAAAUGAGGCUCUCGGCGCCAAGAUCGUCAAGUACCUCCCUGGGUUCAAGGGCGAACUUCCCUUCACACUCGAGACCGGGUAUGUGAGCGUGGAAGAGUCCGAGCUGUUCUACUACUUCGUCGAGUCCGAGGGCAACCCGAAGGAGGACCCUAUCAUGCUAUGGUACAGUGGAGGCCCUGGUUGCUCUGCCUUCAACGGCCUCAUUUUCGAAAACGGUCCUUUAGAAUUCAACAUCACAGCGUAUGAAGGCGGGCUGCCGUCUCUGAAAUACUAUCCGUAUUCAUGGACGAAGACAACGAGCAUUUUGUUUGUCGAUGCACCAGUUGGCACUGGAUUCUCGUAUUCCAAGACUCAGGCAAACUGGUACACAUCUGAUUCGGCAACGGCUUGGCAGACUUAUCAGUUUCUAAGGAAUUGGCUGAUUGCACACCCACAAUACCUGAACCUACAACUAUUUGUCGGUGUCGAUUCCUAUUCGGGCAUUUCCGGGAGUAUUGUUGUCAAGCAUAUUGUCGACGGAAAUGAAGCCGGAGUCGUUCCCCGCUUGAACCUCAAGGGCUAUAUCCUCGGUUGCCCAAGGAUCGAUGAAGGCAUCAACGAAAACUCAUUCAUGAUAUUCUCUCACCGCAUUGGGCUCGUAUCCGAUGAAAUCUACGAGGCGGCUAAGGAAUCCUGUCACGGGAAAUAUUACGAUGUAACAACAAGCGAAUCGGAAUGCUAUAAAGUGAUAGAAGUAUACGACAAGCUCAUCAAAGACAUAAACAAGAACGAUAUCUUGGAGCCAAAGUGCACUUGGGCAUCUCCUCAACAGGGCGAUGAACUGAACCGCAGGGCUCUUGAAGAGACCUCGGGUGACUUCAUCCUCUCUCCUCCCAAAAUUCCCGAGUUUUGGUGCCAUAACUUCAACUACGCUAUGUCCUACUGGUGGGCCAAUGACAAGUCCGUGCAGGAGGCCCUCGGCGUGCGGCAGGGAACGAUAGAGGACUGGGUGAGGUGCAACAAGUCGCUUCAGUACACGAUGGACGUCUCCAGUGUCCUUGAUUACCAUAGGAACCUCAGCAAGCUGGGACUCCAAGUCCUCGUUUACAAUGGUGAUCAUGACCUGACGAUCCCGUGCACUGGGACUCAGCAGUGGAUAAAGGAGCUCAAUCUGACAAUCGUGAACGACUGGCGACAGUGGCUAGUUGAUGGACAAAUUGCAGGUUACACGAUAAAGUACUCCGAGAAUGGAUACCGGCUGACAUAUGCCAGCAUUAAGGGAGCUGGCCAUUCGCCUCAAGAGUACAAGAGAAGGGAGUGUUACGAGAUGUUUGAUAGGUUCAUCCAUUACUAUCCCCUUUAGACGAGCAUACACAUGCCAGCACCCUUUUCGGCAUGUUCGGCUAAGAUCAUGUCAGUAACACGGAGUGAGAUCGAAUCCUAUUGUUCAGAAAAUUUAGAUAUUUGGGGCUCCCUUUAUUUGAAUAAUUUUGUGCCAUCGAGUUUAAUUUACGUGAAUAAAUAAUGAACAGUAACAUUAUUAUGAUCCGGCAGAAGUAUAUGUUUUAAUUAA